UAACACACCACUCCAGGUUUAGAUUCCAGCUGCCAUCCAGAUCCAAUAUUUCUUUCAUGUUUGACCCACUUUUACGAGACAAUGACAAAGAAGGGGAGGCAGGAGGAAAACGCUAAAAAAAAAAAAAAAAUCGGGAAAAGACAUCAGUGCAUGGAAGCAGGAAAAGACAGAUUACAACAGAGAUGGGGAAAGUGGAGCAAGAGGAAAACGCUGAAAAGCUGAGUGUAGUGUGUGAUAGCGGCAUGGAGAAUGACAAAGGUGUAGAGAGAGAAAGAGAGAGAGGAAGAGAAAGGGGGUAAACAGAAGGCAAAGCAAAAGGCGCAAGGGGAAGGAGGGGAGUGGGCUAAGCAGGAGGGAGGAGGAAAGCUUCUCCUAAUAAAGCGAGUGUAAGUGAAAGGAGGUGCUGAAAAAAACGUCGGACUGAGCGCAGAGCUGUUGCCACAGAGAGAGGGGGAGAGACAGAGAGGAGAGAGGGGCAAAGAAUAGAAAGAGCAUUGUGUUGCCGCUGAGAAAGAACCCAUGUCUGCACAAAGAGAGAUGAAAGAGAAGAACCCGUGGCACAAGCCGGUGACCAUCAUCAUCACUGUGAUUGCCGUCAUAGCGAUUGUUGCCCUGGUGACGGUGGCGGUUUUGCAGAACAGGCCCGUCCUCCAAAAGCGCAAGUAUGGCAUCGUGCUGGACGCCGGCUCCUCCCACACAGCCCUCUAUAUCUACGACUGGCCAGCAGAGAAGGAUAACAACACGGGCAGAGUUGAACAGAAACAUUCCUGCAAAGUCAAAGGUAAGGGCAUCUCCAGCUACGCGUCUGAGCCGUCGCUGGCAGGGGACUCUCUGAGGGAUUGCAUGCGUGAGGCCAUGGAGCAGGUCCCCGAUAAAAGGCACUCCGAGACCCCCCUCUACCUGGGAGCUACCGCAGGAAUGAGGCUGCUGAAUAUGGAGAACAGCACAGCAUCAGACAAGGUGUUUCAAGCCGUGGAGGAGGCCCUGCAAAGGUCCCCCUUCUCCUUUCAGGGAGCCAGGAUACUGAGCGGGCAGGAGGAGGGCGCCUUCGGCUGGGUGACCGUCAACUACUUGGACGAUCGCCUCAAACAGGGCUUAGAAACCAUAGGCGCUCUUGACCUUGGUGGAGCCUCUACUCAGAUCAGCUUUGUUUCUAAGGAUUACGACGGUUCGGAGUCACCCAGCAACUCUGUCACCUUCCGGCUCUAUGGAAAUGAUUACAACCUGUACACUCACAGCUUCCUGUGUUAUGGGAAAGACCAAGUCCUACGGAUGGCGCUGGCAGAACAGACUAAGUCAGGUCCAACAACAAUACUGGAUCCUUGUUUCCACCCAGGCUAUAAUGUGACAAAGAACUAUACAGUCCUCUACGACAGCCCCUGUGUGUCAAACAGGAAACCCGAGAGACCUCCUCCUCCAACCUUCUUUCACGUAGGGAAUGGAAACUUCCAACAAUGCCAGGAUGUGGUCAAAAGUGUCUUCAACUUCACGUCCUGCAAAUACAGCAACUGCUCUUUCAAUGGGGUCUUCCAGCCACAACUGCAGGGAACAUUCGGGGCUUUCUCAGCUUACUACUUUGUGAUGAACUUCCUCAAUCUGACUGAUACAUCCGUGCCUCUGAAAACUGUGCAGGACAGACUAGCGUCCUACUGCUCCACCCCUUGGGAUCAGAUAACGCAGCAGCAUCCAGGUGUAAAAGUGAACUAUCUGGCCGAAUACUGCUUCUCAGGCACGUACAUCCUCACCCUGUUGACAGAGGGAUACGGCUUCACCGCAGAGACCUACUCCAACAUAAAAUUUAUCAGGAAGAUAAAAGGCAGCGAUGCUGGCUGGACACUGGGCUACAUGCUGAAUCUAACCAACAUGAUCCCAGCCGAGGCUCCUGACUCACCCCCUCUAUCCCAUGCUGGCUACGUCUCCGUACUCACCAUCAUGCCGAUACUGCUCUUUAUCGUCUUAAUCGUCGGCCUGGCCAUUUGCUGGCCCCAUUGUGCCAGGAGUCCCGAGAUUGUAUAAACACAUAAGGAUGGAUGGAUGUGUGCGUGUCUGUUUGUGCGUGAUGAGUCGGGGAGAGAAACUCUGUUUGCAAGUGCGUAUGUGUUGUUAUGGGCUAUUUGCGGGGAGGUCAAAGGUCAGCAUCUGUUGCACACACAUUUCCUGCAGCUCAAGGACUUUUCAGAAGGACAAAUGCCUUUUUUCUCUCACUGGGGAGUGAGUUGGGUUCCUAUGGUUGGAGGACAUUUUUCUGCAUUUUGAGUGUGUGCGUGUUUGAAUGUGAGAGUUUGAUUGCAUGCCUGAAUGUGCGUGCGAAUUUCCUUCAGUCUGCAUGUAUGUGUCUUCAAUUAUAAUGUGAAUAUAUGUAUAAAUAAAAUAACAAAACUUUAUA